GAGAGACGGAGAGGAUGAGAGAGACCGGGGGGAAGGUACACCUUCAUGGAUAUAGACCUGGACUAUGAGCGCCCCAAUGUUGAGACCAUCAAAUGUGUGGUAGUCGGGGACAACGCGGUGGGGAAGACGCGGCUGAUCUGCGCCCGCGCCUGUAAUGCCACCCUCACCCAGUACCAGCUCCUGGCCACCCACGUGCCCACCGUCUGGGCCAUCGACCAAUACCGCGUCUGCCAGGAGGUCCUGGAGCGGUCCCGCGAUGUGGUGGACGAGGUCAGCGUCUCGCUGCGGCUCUGGGACACCUUCGGGGACCAUCACAAGGACCGGCGCUUCGCCUAUGGGAGGUCGGACGUCGUGGUUCUGUGCUUCUCGUUGGCCAACCCCUACUCUCUGCGCCACGUCAAGAGCAUGUGGCUCCCAGAGAUUAAACACUUCUGCCCUCGGACCCCCGUGGUGCUGGUCGGGUGUCAGCUGGACCUGCGAUAUGCCGAUUUGGAUGCCGUGAACCGCGCACGUCGCCCCCUGGCAAAGCCCAUAAAACCCACGGACAUCCUCUCUCCUGAAAUCGGACACGAGGUGGCCAAGGAGCUGGGGAUGCCGUACUUUGAGACCAGCGUGGUGGCCCAGUUCGGGGUGAAGGAUGUCUUCGAUAACGCCAUCCGAGCUGCACUCAUUUCCCGGAGGCACUUACAGUUUUGGAAAUCCCACUUAAAGAAAGUUCAGCGUCCGUUGCUCCAAGCCCCAUUCCUGCCCCCUAAGCCGCCUCCCCCCAUCAUCCACUCGCCUGAUCCUCCACAGUGUAGCGGCCAGGGCCCCGCCUCUCUCUUCUCCACCCCGCUGUGUGCCGACAUGGUGUUCCAUCUGCAGGACGGGCAGAAGAUCUUUGCCCAUAAAGUCUACUUGGCCACCGCUUGCUCCAAAUUCUACGACCUCUUCACCUUGGAGCUGAUGCCUGUGGAUGUGGAGGAGGAGAAGCAGGAACCUUACCAACACGACGUGUUCAGGGUACCCGCCGGAGCCAUGGCUGGACCUUCCUGGACUAGAAGCAUGAUGGCGGACUGCAACCACGAGGCCUUAAAUGGACAGCUUGGAAACCCGCCGUGCUCUUUCAGGACUUCCGGUGAUGUGGAUGCUUCACAGUUGGGGGAGACGGCUCCCCUCGGUUGGGGCCGGAACCUGGAAGAGUGGGGUAGAGGGUUCAUUGAUGUGCAAAUGAACAUUGUGGAAGACCCUCUGACCCGGCGGCGGAGGCCCAUGCUGGUGGUGCAGAUGGAUUCGAUAAUCCAGGUGGAGCCGCUGCGAGCGGUGCUGGAGUACCUGUACACGGGGCACCUCAACCAGUGCAGGGCGGACCUCAUGCAGAUCGCCACCAUAGCCGAAGCCCUUGAAGUGUUCGACCUGCGCAUGAUGGUGUCCAACCUGCUCAACAAAGAAGGCUUCAUGAACCAGGAGAUCACCAAAGCCUUUCAUGUGCGGAGAGCCAACCGGAUCAGAGAGUGCCUGAACCGCGGCCUCUUCUCAGAUGUGCUGUUUACAGUGGAUGACGGCUCCGUUCCAGCCCACAAGCCUCUGCUGAUUGCUAACUGUGACUGGAUGGUAGCACUGUUCCGAGGCUCCUUCCGAGAGAGCUUCACGCCAGGGGUCUCUCUGCCCGGCACUUCCUCUUCCUGCCUGCACGCCAUGCUGGAGUAUCUCUACCUGGGCCACUUCUGUCCUGAGCCCCAACUUGGCUCGAUGGAGCUCUUGGUGCUGAGCAACCGGCUGUGUCUUCCCCACCUACAGGCCCUGACUGGUGAGCAGACAUUCCACAAUGCCAAGCAGUUGGCUGACUGGUGCCUCCAUUACAUCUGUACCAACUACAACGCCGUGUGCCGCAAGUUCCCCCAGUUCUUGGCGGUCCGAGUUCUGGACUCGUGUGACACAGGCCUAUAUCGCUGUCCGUUCAGUGGCGCCGCACAGAUCCCCCUUGCUUCACGGAUGGCAGUCCAUUCCUGGGUUCCUCAUGGGCGGAGCCUGAGAAAUGCUGAUCUGAUGAGGGGAGCAUGUCACAUGAUCACAGCACACCGCCCUCUGCUCUAUGCCCGCUCCGUCAUUGCUCCAGGCUCACGUCUACUGAGCCGUCAUCCGGUGUUCAGGAACCUUCUGUUGGUCAUGUGGCUUGAUAUGUGA